AUGGAGCAAGCAGAGGUGAUCAUCGUCGGUGCAGGGCCUGCCGGUCUGGCGACCUCGGCGUGCCUUAGGCGGCACAACAUCUCGAACAUCGUGCUGGAAAGAGAAGACUGUUCCGCAUCUCUAUGGAAGAAACGAUCAUAUGACCGAGUGAAGCUUCAUUUGGCCAAGCAAUUUUGCCAGCUUCCCCACUUGCCCUUCCCAAAAGGAACACCUAAAUUCGUCCCCAGGAAUAAGUUUAUCCAAUACGUGGAUAACUACGUGUCCCACUUCGGGAUAACGCCGCGCUAUGGGCGGAGCGUGGAGUCGGCCGUAUUCAAUGAAGGUAUUGGAAAAUGGUGCGUGACGGUGAGGAAGAGGGAGUUGGAGGAGGAGGUUUAUUGUGGGGUGUUUCUGGUGGUGGCAACAGGAGAAAAUAGUGAAGGUUUUACUCCUCUGAUAGAAGGGUUGGAGAGCUUUGAAGGGGUUUGCAUGCAUUCGAGCUCGUACGUGAAUGGGGUUGAGUUUGAUGGGAAAAGCGUAUUGGUUGUUGGUUGUGGGAAUUCGGGGAUGGAGAUUGCUUAUGACUUGGCCAAUUCCAAUGCCAACACUGCCAUCUGUGUUCGUAACCCGGUACACAUUCUCACCAAAGAAAUUGUGUUUGUGGCAAUGUUGCUAUUGCAUUUUCUUCCAUUGAAAUUAGUGGACAAGAUGGUUGUGGCUUAUAGCAAAUUAAAGCAUGGAAAAUUAUCCAAAUGGGGUCUCCCAACCCCCAAGAAUGGACCAUUUUUUCUCAAAGCCACAACUGGCAGAACCCCCACCAUUGAUGUAGGCUGCGUAGAUAAAAUCAAGACCGGAGAAAUCAAGGUUUUCCCUUCCAUAACUAGCAUUGAGGGCAACAAAAUAGAAUUUGAAAAUGGUAAGAUCAAGAGCUUCGAUGCUAUAAUAUUCGCUACUGGCUAUAGAAGCACUGUCCAAAACUGGCUCAAGGAGAAAGGACACUAUUUGUUCAAUAAGAAUGGAAUGCCCAUAGAAAAUUUCCCAAAUCACUGGAAAGGCAAAAUGGAUGUAUACAGUGCUGGAUUUGCGAGACGAGGACUGUCGGGUAUAUCUGAUGAUGCUCAAAAUAUAGCCAACGAUAUUAGUAUGGCGUUCAACAAAUAUUAAUUAUAAAAAUUUAUACAUUCAAAUACGUGUACUUACGUAAUCGAGAGGAAUUUUUUUUUCUUUCUUUUUGUUUUGAAAACAAGUCAUUUUUCUAUUACUCUACUUUUUCGGGCAAAAUUUAGCAUUGCCUUAUUUAUUUAUGUGAAAAAUACACUCGUUAUAUAUUGUUUUUAUUUUAUUUUUUAUAUGGAAUUUUUAAUCUGUUAAUAUUUUUAUGAUUUUUUUAUUUUUAAAUAUAUAGUUUUUAGAUUCCUAAUCCUAUAUAAACUAAUA